AUGCAGGAGAAGCUGUCGAUUGAAGCGGACAAGGCACUUCCGACAUCUCUUUCCAACACGGCAAGCUAUGUCGAUUUCAAAGGGGCUGAUGACCCCGAGCAUCCUCAAAAUUGGGGACUGUCUACGAAACUUUUCAACUCUAUCUUAGUCUGCUCAGGGACCUUCAUUGUAUCGCUAACAAGCGCCAUCUUUGCACCCGGAAUCGACAAAGCAAGCAAAGAUCUGGGGGUGGGAACAGAGGUCGGAACACUGGGGACAACCCUCUACGUCCUUGGCUUUGCAUCAGGGCCCCUAAUCUGGGCACCUGCUUCAGAGUUACGGGGAAGGAAAUGGCCUCUGACAAUUGCAAUGUUAGGCGGUGGAAUAUUUACCAUUGCAUCGGCGGUGGCCCAAAAUAUCCAGACCUUGGUGAUAUGCCGUUUCUUCGCUGGCAUGUUUGGCGCAAGCCAACUGACUGUUGUUCCCGGUGUACUGGCCGAUCUAUACAGUAACGCCACUCGCGGUGCCGCCAUUUCACUAUAUGCGCUGACUGUUUUUGUGGGCCCGUUCAUGGCUCCUUUUGUGGGUGGCUUCAUUGCAUCGAGUUAUCUUGGCUGGCGGUGGACUCUUUACAUCCCGGCCAUUUUAAGCUUGGGAAAUGGGCUGUUGAGUGUUCUCUUUUUGGAUGAGACAUAUCCGCCUUGUAUUCUUGUCGCAAAGGCUGCUACUAUCCGCAAAGAGUCACAAAAUGGUAAUAUUCGGGCUAGACACGAGGAUAUCGAGGUCAGCAUCGCAGAUCUCGUGGAGAAAUACUUCACACGUCCAUUGAAGUUGCUCUUUACGGAACCUAUCAUUCUCGUGGUGUCGGUCUACAUGUCCUUUAUCUACGGUCUUGUCUAUGCACUCCUUGAGGCAUACCCCUUUGUCUUCGAGCAUGUAUACGGAAUGACUCCUGCCUUUGCUGGUCUAAUGUUCAUUGGCCUCAUCAUUGGUGUGUUGUUCGCGUGUGCGUUCAUUCUUUUCGGGCAGUUGGCCUACGCAAGGAAACUGGCAGAGAAUGAUGGCAUCCCAGUGCCCGAGUGGCGCCUCGCCCCGCCACUCCUAGGAGCGCCUGUCUUUACAAUAGGUCUCUUUUGGUUUGGCUGGACCGGGUUCAACCCUCAGAUUCACUGGGCUGUACCUGCUGCGUCCGGGAUAUUCAUCGGAUUCGGGGUGUUAUGCAUUUUUCUUCCGUGCUUCAACUAUAUUGUCGAUGCAUACUUGCCAAUGUAA